UCCAAAUCCUUCCAAUGGCGCGUGAUGCUGAUGCUGUUAGGCAUUCUUCAAGCUCUUCUGGUUCAACUAAGAGAAGAAUGUAUCAUGUGUUUUUGAGCUUUCGAAGGGAAGACACUAGGACCAGUUUUACUGAUCAUUUGUAUGCUGCUUUAAAACGCAAAGGAUUAAAAGCUUUUAGGGAUAAGGAAGAACUUGAAAGAGGAGAAUCUAUCAAACCAAGUUUACAACAAGCAAUUGAGGAAUCUCAUUGUGCAAUUGUUGUGCUUAGUCCAAGUUAUGCUUCUUCAACUUGGUGUUUGGAUGAGCUUCAAAAGAUCCUUCAGUUAAGGGAAGAGUCCAGUCUUCAAGUAUUUCCAAUAUUUUAUGGUGUAGAUCCGUCUGAUGUUAGGAAACAAGAGGGGAGUUUUGCGGAAGCAUUGAAGAAGCAUGAAGAAAGAUUUCUAAAAGACAAAAUGAAGGUGCAAAAGUGGAGGGAUGCUUUAGAAAAAGUUGCCACUAUAUCUUGUUGGGACUCAAAUGACUCAAAUGGUCAUGAUAUUUUCAUGUCCAGAAAAAAAAGCCAUAUUUUCGUAUUAUGCAGGCAUGAAACAGAAUUCAUUGAAAGCAUUGCUAAGGAAGUGAUGUCAAAAUUACUUGAUGAAUCACUAUCUGACCUUGGUAUGUUAAUUGGAAUUGAACCAAAAUUAGAUGAAUUGGAGUCAAUCGUAGCAAGGGAAUCGGAAGGGGUUGGAUUUAUAGGAAUAUGGGGCACAGGAGGCUUAGGUAAAACAACUCUUGCUAGAGUAUUUUAUGAGCGGACGUGCAAAAACUUUGAGAUUCACUGCUUGAUACAUAAUAUUAGGGAGGCGUAUGAAAAAGAUGGUUUGAUUUCGUUGCAAAGAAAACUUCUUUUUUUCUCUAGAUAA